AUGGAAAAUACAUCCCAAACUACAACAUUUAAACUAGUUGCAUAUUUUGAAUUAAAUUAUCUCAGAUAUUUAUACUUUGCCAUUGUUUUUAUGAUAUAUGCCACAAUUAUAAUAAUCAAUGCAAUCAUUAUUGGAAUUGUAUGUACAGAUAAAAGCCUGCAUGAGCCCAUGUACAUGUUUUUGAUUAAUUUAUUGAUAAAUGAUGUAGUUGGAGGAACAUCAUUAUGCCCUUCUAUCUUGGUAUAUUUGCUGUCUGACAGUUCUGAGAUUUCCAGAGAAAAUUGCUUAGUUCAGAUGUUCUGGUUAUAUAUUUAUGGUAGUUGUGAAUUUAUAAUACUAGCUGUAAUAGGUUAUGACAGGCACUUGUCCAUUUGCUACCCUCUUUAUUACAACAGUAUCAUGCAUCCCAGGAGAGUUUCUAACCUAAUUGUUUUCUCAUGGAUUUUUCCUCUCAGUAUAGUUAGCAUAAGUGUCACUUUAGCUUCUCAAGUUCAGUUGUGUGGUAACACCAUUGAAAAGAUCUACUGUGAUAAUUAUUCUCUAAACAGAAUUGCUUGUUCAGAUAUGACACAUAUCAUUACAUUUGAUACUUUACUUGCUUUCAUCAUUUCUGUUCCACAGAUAUUCAUGCUUUUAUAUUCAUAUGCAAAAAUUAUCAAGAUUUGUGUUAGUGCUUCAAAAGAAUCUCAAAAAAGAGCAUUGUCUACUUGUACCCCUCACCUGAUAACACUUCUGAAUUAUUUUAUUGGGGUUAUCUUUCAGAUUAUUCAGUCCCGGUUCAAUAUGACUCAAGUACCUAUUGUGAUUCACUCAAUAUUUUCGGUUUAUUUUCUGAUAAUUCCUCCACUUUUAAAUCCACUCAUUUAUGGACUUAAAAUGAAACAGAUAAAAUUAAGGAUAAUAAAACUUUUAAUGAAAAAAUAG